CUCCAUCCUGUCCUGUCCGUCGUCUUAGAUCAUAUCGAAGCAGCUAGCUAGUAGUCAAGUAGAAGCCAGCCGGCGGCGAUGACGCUACUAAUAGGGCGGCAGGGUGAUGAUGAGCUCCUGGCUCGGCUUCGCGAGCUGCUCUUGCCGUCUCCGAUGACGACGAUGAUUAAGGUGGAUCAGUCCGGCAUCAUUAUUGGACCUCCAGCGUCGUCACGCGAUGGGAGACGGCGCCGCCGGCGGGAGAGCAAGAGAGGCGGCCGGGACGACGACAGCAAGUCAUCGUACAAUGGCGAACAACAACACGAGGAGCCCCCUCGGCAUUCAUGCAAAACAAGCAGCAGGAAGAUGAAGCAACGACAGAAGAAGAUGAGCAGUACGUCGUCUCUUGUGACAUCGGUGCCCGAUUUCGAUGGGUACCAAUGGAGGAAGUACGGCCAGAAGCAAAUCGAAGGUGCCAUGUACGCUAGGAGUUACUACAGGUGCACCCGGAGCGCGGAGCAAGGCUGCCCGGCCAAACGGACGGUGCAGCGCAACCACGACGGCGGCGAUGGCGACGGAACUCCCCCGAAGUACACGGUGGUGUACAUGGGGGAGCACACCUGCACGGCCAACGAUUCCAUGGAGGCGCCGGUCAUCCUCGAGACCGCCGCCGCCGCCGUCGCCCCUGUUACGAGCACCAGCAUCAAGAGACCUCAAAAUCAUGACGGCACCGCCCCUACUACAUCAGCUGGCUCUUGUUCUAUCACCAGCACCAGCACCAGCACCGCUACUGGGAUUGAGUCUCCGGCGAUCUCGGACAUCACCUACUGGAGCAGCAGUAGUAGCGGCGACUACGCCGUCGAUGACUACUGCAGGUUGUUCGGCGUCCAUGACAGCUGGGCCCCACCAGCAACGGCUGCUGCGUCGUCCUUGCAGGAGAUGGAGGAUUUCACCGGACCCAUCCGGUCACCGGUGCACAUCGCCACAGCGGAUGGGUGGACGAUUGACCACUUCCUGCUGCAGCUAGCUAGUAAUGAUCAGCCUGUUUCCCAUUUCUCCUUUUAAGCUUAGCUUGUACUCUACUCAUAUGGAUGCUGUGCGGUGGUUGCUUAUCUCUGUGUGUGUGUAUAUAUAUGUUUUCCUUCUGAAGAAAUAUCCAAAUUAGAGUAAGGGGGUGUUUGGUUUCUGAGAGUUAAA